AUGAUUGAAACAAAUAACAAUAGCAGUCCAGAUUUGAAGGUAUUUCAUAUUAGCAUCUCUGAAAAAAAUGCUACUGCCAGCUAAAGAGAAGUAAUCGAAUCUGAAGGUUAAGAAAAUGCAAGCGAAGGUGAGGAAUUUCAAAACGAUUAAGUUAAUGGCUUCAUUGAGUAAAUAGAUCUCAGCUUUUAGCUUACAGCUAAUAAAUUGUAAUAAUAAAAAUGA